AAUAAUAAUAAUAAUAAUAAUAAUAAUAAUAAUAAUAAUAAUAAUAAUAAUAAUAAUAAUAAUAAUAAUAAUAAUAAUAAUAAUAAUAAUAAUAAUAAUAAUAAUAAUAAUAAUAAUAAUAAUAAUAAUAAUAAUAAUAAUAAUAAUAAUAAUAAUAAUAAUAAUAAUAAUAAUAAUAAUAAUAAUAAUAAUAAUAAUAAUAAUAAUAAUAAUAAUAAUAAUAAUAAUAAUAAUAAUAAUAAUAAUAAUAAUAAUAAUAAUAAUAAUAAUAAUAAUAAUAAUAAUAAUAAUAAUAAUAAUAAUAAUAAUAAUAAUAAUAAUAAUAAUAAUAAUAAUAAUAAUAAUAAUAAUAAUAAUAAUAAUAAUAAUAAUAAUAAUAAUAAUAAUAAUAAUAAUAAUAAUAAUAAUAAUAAUAAUAAUAAUAAUAAUAAUAAUAAUAAUAAUAAUAAUAAUAAUAAUAAUAAUAAUAAUAAUAAUAAUAAUAAUAAUAAUAAUAAUAAUAAUAAUAAUAAUAAUAAUAAUAAUAAUAAUAAUAAUAAUAAUAAUAAUAAUAAUAAUAAUAAUAAUAAUAAUAAUAAUAAUAAUAAUAAUAAUAAUAAUAAUAAUAAUAAUAAUAAUAAUAAUAAUAAUAAUAAUAAUAAUAAUAAUAAUAAUAAUAAUAAUAAUAAUAAUAAUAAUAAUAAUAAUAAUAAUAAUAAUAAUAAUAAUAAUAAUAAUAAUAAUAAUAAUAAUAAUAAUAAUAAUAAUAAUAAUAAUAAUAAUAAUAAUAAUAAUAAUAAUAAUAAUAAUAAUAAUAAUAAUAAUAAUAAUAAUAAUAAUAAUAAUAAUAAUAAUAAUAAUAAUAAUAAUAAUAAUAAUAAUAAUAAUAAUAAUAAUAAUAAUAAUAAUAAUAAUAAUAAUAAUAAUAAUAAUAAUAAUAAUAAUAAUAAUAAUAAUAAUAAUAAUAAUAAUAAUAAUAAUAAUAAUAAUAAUAAUAAUAAUAAUAAUAAUAAUAAUAAUAAUAAUAAUAAUAAUAAUAAUAAUAAUAAUAAUAAUAAUAAUAAUAAUAAUAAUAAUAAUAAUAAUAAUAAUAAUAAUAAUAAUAAUAAUAAUAAUAAUAAUAAUAAUAAUAAUAAUAAUAAUAAUAAUAAUAAUAAUAAUAAUAAUAAUAAUAAUAAUAAUAAUAAUAAUAAUAAUAAUAAUAAUAAUAAUAAUAAUAAUAAUAAUAAUAAUAAUAAUAAUAAUAAUAAUAAUAAUAAUAAUAAUAAUAAUAAUAAUAAUAAUAAUAAUAAUAAUAAUAAUAAUAAUAAUAAUAAUAAUAAUAAUAAUAAUAAUAAUAAUAAUAAUAAUAAUAAUAAUAAUAAUAAUAAUAAUAAUAAUAAUAAUAAUAAUAAUAAUAAUAAUAAUAAUAAUAAUAAUAAUAAUAAUAAUAAUAAUAAUAAUAAUAAUAAUAAUAAUAAUAAUAAUAAUAAUAAUAAUAAUAAUAAUAAUAAUAAUAAUAAUAAUAAUAAUAAUAAUAAUAAUAAUAAUAAUAAUAAUAAUAAUAAUAAUAAUAAUAAUAAUAAUAAUAAUAAUAAUAAUAAUAAUAAUAAUAAUAAUAAUAAUAAUAAUAAUAAUAAUAAUAAUAAUAAUAAUAAUAAUAAUAAUAAUAAUAAUAAUAAUAAUAAUAAUAAUAAUAAUAAUAAUAAUAAUAAUAAUAAUAAUAAUAAUAAUAAUAAUAAUAAUAAUAAUAAUAAUAAUAAUAAUAAUAAUAAUAAUAAUAAUAAUAAUAAUAAUAAUAAUAAUAAUAAUAAUAAUAAUAAUAAUAAUAAUAAUAAUAAUAAUAAUAAUAAUAAUAAUAAUAAUAAUAAUAAUAAUAAUAAUAAUAAUAAUAAUAAUAAUAAUAAUAAUAAUAAUAAUAAUAAUAAUAAUAAUAAUAAUAAUAAUAAUAAUAAUAAUAAUAAUAAUAAUAAUAAUAAUAAUAAUAAUAAUAAUAAUAAUAAUAAUAAUAAUAAUAAUAAUAAUAAUAAUAAUAAUAAUAAUAAUAAUAAUAAUAAUAAUAAUAAUAAUAAUAAUAAUAAUAAUAAUAAUAAUAAUAAUAAUAAUAAUAAUAAUAAUAAUAAUAAUAAUAAUAAUAAUAAUAAUAAUAAUAAUAAUAAUAAUAAUAAUAAUAAUAAUAAUAAUAAUAAUAAUAAUAAUAAUAAUAAUAAUAAUAAUAAUAAUAAUAAUAAUAAUAAUAAUAAUAAUAAUAAUAAUAAUAAUAAUAAUAAUAAUAAUAAUAAUAAUAAUAAUAAUAAUAAUAAUAAUAAUAAUAAUAAUAAUAAUAAUAAUAAUAAUAAUAAUAAUAAUAAUAAUAAUAAUAAUAAUAAUAAUAAUAAUAAUAAUAAUAAUAAUAAUAAUAAUAAUAAUAAUAAUAAUAAUAAUAAUAAUAAUAAUAAUAAUAAUAAUAAUAAUAAUAAU